AUGAGUGCCGCUAAUCUAAGGAGUUCAGUCUCCGGGGCCGCACAAGAUGCAGCUACUGUCACUUCAGAUACUGUCACGUCAGCAGCAGAUUCAGCAACUGGCCAUUCAAUCAAAUUGUUGACCUUUAACACAUGGGGGUUAAAGAUGGUAUCUAAACAUCGUAAGGCCAGAUUGAGGGCUAUAGCUGACGAGUUGGCGGGCUAUUCUGCUGCAAUACCUAUACCAGGCUAUGAGAGUUUGAUGAUAAACGAAACGCCUGAACAAGGGAAACAGUAUGAUGUCGUAGCCUUACAAGAAAUCUGGUGUAAAGAAGAUUGGGACUAUAUUGUCUCUCGAUGCUCACAAGCGUAUCCUUAUAGUAGAAUUUUCUACUCAGGAAUAAUUGCAGGGCCAGGUCUAGCUAUACUAUCGAAAAUACCCAUUGAAUCUACCUUUUUAUACAGAUUUCCCAUAAACGGUAGACCAAGUGCAAUCCAUCGCGGUGACUGGUAUGUAGGCAAAUCAAUUGCGAUAACGUUAUUGGAACCUAUCAGUGAAGAUACAGCUCCAAUCGCAAUUAUGAAUAGCCACAUGCAUGCUCCAUAUGCGCUGAAAGGGGAUGCAGCUUAUGCCUGUCAUAGAGCCUGUCAAGCAUGGGAUUUCAGCAAGAUGGUAAACCUAUAUAAAAAGGCAGGUUAUGCAGUAGUUGUAGUUGGUGAUUUGAAUUCAAGACCCGGAUCUCUUCCCCAUAAGUUUUUAACAGUUGAAACUGGGCUGGUGGACUCUUGGGAACAACUCAAAGGCAAACAAGAUCUUCAAGCACUCUCAAAAAUGGAACCGCUUGAACAACUUAGAUAUGGAUGUACCACUUGCGACUCAUUUUUGAACACUUGGAGAUCAUACUUGCCGACAGAAAGCGCUUGUAGAUUGGAUUAUGCCUUGAUCGAUCCCAGUCGAUUAAAGACGACCGACGCCGGCCCAAGGUUUACCAAAAGGUUGCCGGGAAUUGGCAGCUUUUCUGAUCAUUUCGCAUAUGCAUGCAAUUUAAAUUUAUUGAGCAACCGCAGAACCACUGAUGUGGAAACUGGAGAUGAAACUCCUUCGAAAAGGGAUAUUCAACUUCAAAAGUAUGCCAGCUAUGAAGAGAUGAUCCAAUGUAUUUCAUCCUACAGAGUAGUUGCUAAAAGACAAAAAUUUUUAAGAGGUGUACAUUUCGUCAUUUCUAUCUUGCUGCUCAUAGGAGCUUUGGUUGUUACAACAUUCACUUCGAAUAGAGCAGCAUGGUCUUCUAUAUUUUGGGUUUUUUUCGCAGUUGUAGUGUCUGUGACAGGUACAAUUGACGGCCUCAUCUCAUUUCUCUUCGGUAGGAAGGAGAUCAGGGCUUUACAUGAAGUAGAGGAAGAAGUUUCUUGUGCCCAAAAACAUUUACAAGGAUUACUUGAUGUGAAGAAAAGGUGA